AUGAUCUCACCGUCCAAGAAGUCGACACUCAAGGUGUUGGCUGACGGAAAGGUCAUGAAGGUGCAGAAAACCCGACAGAGAAAGAUUCUCUCGUGCAUCUACUGCCAUUCGAAAAAGAUCAAGUGUCUGAGAGUACAACCCGUGUGUAACAAUUGUGAGAAGCUAGGUGUCGAGUGCAAAUACUUCAUCAACGAAAGAACGUACAAUAACAACAGUGGCAAUGGCAUCAAUUCUAAUAAUGGUGCUAAUGCUAGCGUUAAUAGUAAUGGUAAUAUAUCUGGAGCUGAGUUCAAGACAGCUAGUCCAAAUACGAUUAUCCCGGAUCUUUCGCUCAACUACUUGAACUUAAACUUCAAUCUUCACAAUGCCAACCCUAACGACGAUGCUAGCUCAAACGGCAUUCCAAAUCGACCAGAGGACCAAUAUUCGUUCAAUUUGAGCUCAUUUACGUUUGCUCAUCAAGAAGGCUUGAUUGCUUCCAACAUGCCCUCUGUCGUAAAUUCGCCCAUGACACAGCCUAAUGCUCAGCCAUCUUUGUCUCAGACCAACUCGACUACCAACAUCAACUCGUUUUUCACAAGAAACUUGAAUAACGAGGAACCAACUCCAAGAGUCGAUUCUCCUUCAGGUAUGGCAAAGAACAAUAAGGCAAAACCCCAGCCAAACAACCCAGGUUUACAUAAUUCGUUGAAUGCCUAUUCUUCAAACCCAGCUACCACCAUGAACUACCUCUAUGGAACAAACACAUACUACGACAACGAUCAUCUUUUGGAUGAUCUAUUGAACCACUUGCCAAGCGGAAAAGAACGUUCCUUUGAGCUUAUUGACCGUUACAUCAACUCUGUCCAUUUGCUCUUGCCCAUUGUAGUCAAUCUCAGUGACUUCUUAAAAGAGCAUGAACGGUACUGGGAUCUUGCUACGGGGGCCGCAAGCAACAACACUAGUAACAGCGAUGACGUCGAUUUCAAUUACUUGCAGUUCUACACGUUGUACUUCCCCAUUUUGUACGCUUCGACAAUCUCUGAAUUUGAAGAGUAUGACAACUUAUUGUUGAACCAGGACAUCAAUCGUUACUUGAAGGCCUUCAACAAGAUCUGCCAGUAUUAUAAUUACCCACAUGGAAUCAAGACGAUUCCACUCUUGUUGGGUAAUGUGAUUAUCCAGUCUACAUCGCCCAACCCUUCGACAAUGGAGAUGUCCCAGAUUAUCAGGUACGCUAAGUUCUUACAGAUGCACAAGGACCCUUUGAUCAGUUUGCGCAUCAACGACUGGGAAGUCAUCAAGUUCAGAAGAUUGCUCUGGUGGGUAAUUUUCGGCUUGGAUGCCUUGACGUCUCACAACUUCUGCUUACCUCCAGUGUGCAAAUUCGAAGAUUUUAAUGUCUUGAUGCCCGAAGAAGAAGAGCCUAUUUUCGACAAGUUGGGAAUCAUCAAAGAAAAGAAGUUGAACGUCAGUAUCCUUUCCAUGAAUGUCAAAUUCAAAUAUGAUCGCAUUUUGAGUGAGUUAGUGUAUCAUUUGCACAACGGCUUGUCUUCCGAUAUCACGCCUAAUCAAAUCAAUGAAAUCAAGGGCAUGAUCAUAGACUACUUUAAAUAUAUCCAUAGAUCAAUCUUUAGAAUGAACCAGUUCUACAAGUUGAAUCCUCCUACUACUGUUCAAGAAAUGAACUUGAUCAAUUUCAUCAAGAAUCACUCCUGGAGUUUUGUUGACAGAGCUCUUAUGUUGUUACACAAGAAGAUCUUGUUCGGUGACAACACUGUUAACGACUAUGGAUCUGACGAUGGAAGAGGUGGCAAGUCAAGAGGAAAAGGCGCUGGUGAGUUGGAAAACUUGACUAAGACUAGAGGUGGCAUUCUAUCCUUGAGUCAGUACGAGGACACAUUUGGGAGAAUUCAAGAAGCCAAUAUCAUCAAGAACUUCAAUAACUCGUCGAUUUCAUUAUUAAGAUUCAACCAAUUCGAAAACUUCUCCUAUGAAAACAUGCACAACAAUUUGAUACCUUCCAUUUUGCAUAACUUGAACGAUUUCUUGAAGUACAAUGAUUUCAUCAAGUUUGGAAAGUACAAUUGGUAUAUCAAGAGAACAAUUCCCUUGGAUUCAAUAAUCUUGAUGUUCAUCCUCAUUACUGUCAAGUUGAAGUACGAGUUUAUGACGAUGAAUGAAUUAUGCAUCUAUGUCAAAUUGAUCAACAAGGCAUUAUUUAUUUUGAACAGAAAGUGGUUCAAAAAUGAGAAGUAUAAGAGAAUGUUGUCGUUAACCAAUUUAACCUGGGAGUUCCUCUUGAAGAGGUACAACAUAAUUGAGUUGAUCAACCAAUAUAACGAAUCCACUCUCAGUGGAGGAUCCAGUGGUGGAAGGGUAGAGUUUUUUGACUACCAAGUUACCAGCUACAUGAACAUGAAUGAUCUUUUUAAUGUCAUGGAUGUUCCUCAGCCGAUCCAUGAAUCCCGUAACUCAAGUAGCCCUACACACAACUCAAAUGGCAGUAGUACUUCUAAUAAGGAUAAGGAGUCAAAGAAGGAUAGAGCGGACAUGUUCUCCAAUACUUUGAUCCACAGCUCCACUUUGGAUACCUCUCGCAGCCAUGCGAACAAUAAGUUGACAAUAGUGAACCACAAUUUGAGUGCGGAUAGAAAGACGGAGUUGAUUCAGUUGAACGAAAAGAUCUACUACGACUUGAGAAACAAUUUUGUAGACAUCAACGACUACUGUGCUUUCUACUCCAGUUUAGAAAACAUUCUUCACGAAUUAAUGGACUACAUCCACAAGGGUUGA